AUGGGUUCUUUUCGUUCACCUUUGGUUUGUUUGUUUGUUGUUGUGGUGGUGUUGUGGAAUAUAAAACAAACUACUGCAUCAUCAAGAUGUCGUUGUGAAUUGCGAUAUUGUGGAAGACCGACAAACUGUAAAGGAGGUAUCGUAAAAGAUAAUUGUGGCUGUUGUGACGUAUGUGCUAAACAAAAAGGAGAAACAUGCGGUGGCUACGCUGGCGUUUGUGAAAAGGGUUUAGUGUGCAGAAACUAUCCACAUUAUGGUCGUCGCAUUUGUUCAUGUGGACCAGUGUGCGCAAUUUAUUGUCAACAUGGAAACAUAUUGGACAAAUUUGGUUGCGCAACCUGCAAAUGCCGCAAAUUCCCUAGAUGCACCAUAAGAAACACCUUUCAAUAUCUUUAUGGGAAACGCUCCUUUGACAGAAACAACGGAAGAUGGAGUUGCAUUAGAAAAAAAUCAAUAUUCUGCACCAAUGAUUGCAACAAAUGCUGUCAUCAUAACUCGUCUUGCAGACCGAAUAAUUUGUACAGUCGUACGGAAAAAUACUGCAGCAGAAUUUAUUACAAGUAAACGGUGAUUUAUUUCAACAAGAAAAAUGCUCCUGAAAUGACUUGUCUUCUAUUUGUAUUAACAUCUGUUAAGGCAUUGAAGAAGGUGAUAAGGAGUUUGUUUAAUAUAUCUAACAU